GGCGGAGAGGGUGCUGCUGCAGACCCUGGGAUCUGUUUUCAGACACCAGCAGCUGCAGGGGAGCGGACUGGGACUGAGAGUCAUGGACGUUGUUGGCAACAGGGUGCCUUGAAAAAAGGAGCGUUGCGCUGGCCUUCUCUGCAUUGUGGGCACACGGACGGGCGCCAAGUGAGCUGCGCUUCUGCUGGCAUUUCUUCGUUCCGAACAAUCGCUGAUUUUUUGCCUGCCGUACCAUGGCGGAGAAAAGCAGCAGACUUAGCUUCCCCGGGAGCGUGGCGCUGAACAAGCCAGUGCCGAUGAACCUGUUUGCCACCUGGGAGAUUGAUGGGUCGUCCCCGAGCUGCAUCCCAAGACUCUGCAGUCUGACGCUGAAGAAGCUAGUAGUGAUGAAGGAACUGGACAAAGAACUCAUCUCUGCGGUCAUUGCUGUGAAAAUCCAGGGUUCAAAGAGGGUCCUUAGAUCCCAUGAAAUCGUGCUGCCUCCCAGUGGACUGGUGGAAACCGAUCUGGCUCUUACAUUUUCUUUACAGUAUCCUCAUUUCCUAAAGAGAGAAGGGAACAAGCUUCAGAUCAUGUUGCAAAGAAGAAAGAGGUACAAGAACCGAACAAUCCUGGGCUACAAGACACUGGCUGUUGGGUCCAUCAACAUGGCAGAGGUCAUGCAGCACCCGACGGAAGGCGGGCAGGUUCUGACACUCUUCAGCAACAUGAAGGAUGCAGCUGCCAAGGUGGCAGAGAUCUGGAUUUUCUCACUUUCCAGCCAGCCCAUUGACCAUGAGGAAGGCUCCAUGCCAAGUGAGCAAAAGGUCAAGUUAACAGAUAAUUAUUCAGAAGAAGAAUAUGAGAGUUUCUCCUCGGAGCAGGAAGCCAGCGAUGAUGCUGUUCAGGGCCAGGAUCUAGAUGACGAUGAGUAUGAUGUCAGGAAACUGAAGAAGCAACGCAGAUCAAUAGUGAGGACAACGUCCAUCACCAGGCAACAAAAUUUCAAGCAGAGAGUUGUGGCCCUGCUCAAGAGGUUCCGUGUAUCUGAUGAAGUACUGGACUCUGAACAGGACCCGGCGGAGCAGGCACCUGAGGUGGAGGAGGACCUGGACCUGGACAGCUUGGACAUUGAAAACCCCAGCGACAGUGGCCCAGAGGUGGAUGAUGAUGACAGUGUGCUCAGCACCCCAAAACCUAAGCUCAAGCCAUACUUUGAAGGGCUGUCCCACUCCAGCUCACAGACCGAGAUCGGCAGCAUUCACAGCAGUCGAAGUCAGAGGGAGCCCCCCAGCCCGCUUGAAGGGUCAGAUACAGCAAAGAUCACAGGAAGCAAGUUCCAAAUGGAGGACACAUGUGACCCCAGCGCCUUUGAACCUGAAGCCACCACUCCAACAGCAGAAGUGGAGUUAGAUAAUCAGGACACAUUCUUGGAAAAGCUGCCCCCUACUGGCAAGAUCACCAAGACUGAAUCCCUGAUCAUCCCUUCUAGCAGCAGGCAAGAGGUAAAGCAGACGGGUCGCCGAGGGAGAAGUACGUCCCUUAAAGAGAGGCAGCCGGUCAGGCAACAAAAUGAGAGAGCCAACAGCCUGGACAAUGAGCGCUCUCCGGACACCCGCUGCCAACUACAGAUUCCAAGGAAGACGGUUUAUGACCAGCUGAACCACAUCCUCAUUUCUGAUGACCACCUGCCUGAUAACAUCAUCCUGAUCAACACCUCUGACUGGCAAGGCCAGUAUCUUUCUGAGGUUCUUCAGAAUCACCAGCUCCCUGUUGUUUGCACAUGUUCCCCCGCUGAUGUCCAGGCUGCUUUCAUCACCAUUGUUUCACGCAUUCAAAGAUUCUGCAACUGUAACUCCCAGACUCCUAUCCCCAUUAAGAUUGCUGUGGCGGGCACUCAGAAUUAUCUCAGCUCCAUUCUGCGACUCUUUGUGGAUCACUUGUCUCACAAAACUCCCGACUGGCUCGGCUACAUGAGGUUCCUGGUGAUUCCCUUGGGCGCUCAUCCUGUCUCUAAUUAUCUGGGAACCAUUGACUACCGGUACAGCAACUUGUUCCAGGAUGCUGCCUGGCGAGACCUGUUCCACAAGCAAGAGGCUCCCGUCAUCGUGCAAGAAUGUCCAGAUGUGGUUUCUAGGAUAACACAAUAUAUGAUGGGUGCCAAUGGGGCACAUCAGCUGCCCAUAGCAGAAGCCAUGCUCACCUACAAACAGAAGAGGAAAAAGAGCUUUCAUUUUGAUUUUGCUGGAAGCCCUGAUGAAGAUUCCUGCCAGAAGUUUAUCCCUUUUAUUGGGGUUGUGAAAGUUGGAAUUGUAGAGCAAUCUUCUGCGACGUCAGGUGAUUCAGACGAUGCGGCUCCGGGAUCUGGCCUCCUCUCGUCUACACCUCCACAGGUGUCCCCAAUAGUUAAAGAAGCUUCCCCCACACCUCCAUCUUCUCCUUCCAUAACAUCAGGCUUCUACUCAUACAGUACUCCAACAAGUGGGCAAGGAGAGCUGAUGGGCUUGCAGGUGGACUACUGGGUUUCCCCCUUGGUCACAGAGAAGAAAAGAGACAUGGAGAAGAAAGACUCUUCUACAAAAAACACACUCAAGUGCACCUUCCGUUCGCUGCAGGUCAGCCGUCUGCCUCUUUCUGCAGGGGACAACGCUUCCCUUCCUACCAUGUCCAUGACUGUGGUCACCAAGGAGAAAAACAAGAAAGUAAUGUUUCUAUCAAAGAAAACCAAGGACAAGGAAGUAGAAUCCAAGAGCCAAGUUAUUGAAGGCAUCAGCAGGCUGAUCUGUACAGCAAAACACCAGCAAACCAUGUUGAGAGUGCUAAUUGAUGGUGUGGAAUGGAACGAUGUAAAAUUUUUCCAGCUGGCUGCUCAGUGGUCUUCUCACGUCAAGCACUUUCCCAUUGGUAUCUUCGGACAUUCAAAGGCCUCCUUUUAACUGCUGGGUGUUUUUUUUUUUAAUCUAAAGGCUUAGUGCCAGUGUGAACCUUGUGCCAAGUUCUUGGCAUUUCGGCAGCCCUGUGACCCGCGUUCAUCAAGGUUUUAGAAAGUUUUGUUACUUUACACAAGGUUUAAGUUCAACGUUUGAAGGAAACAAGGCCAUUAAAGAUAAUAAAUUAUGUGUUUUUAAAAUGAUAAACUUUAAACAAUUUAAAAUAACACUUUUUAAUGACUUACAAAACCUAACUUGGAAACAUGUUCAGGCUUCACUUACAGGCACAAAAUAGCAUACUGUAAGCAUUACAACUGAGUUGAUGGAUCCAUACUCUUUGAACGCUAAUUCCCUUCUAAUUCAUUGUGUGAGUGCAAGUGAAUUGCAAUUUAUAGCAACUGAGCAGGGGUAUAACAUAUUUUUACAGCAAUUUUGAAAGAGCAUACUACUGAUUGAAGUGUAGAGUGAUCGAUACACUACAUUUAUACUGGAUGUGAUGCCAGUGGCUAGUCAGUUUAGAUUUAGUAUUAGUGACCCAGAUGUCCCUAACACUGCCCUUUUUGCAUAGAUAAGGUGCACAUUUCAUUUCUGGAAGUUUCAAGUCAAAGAAGUAAAAAAAAAAAAAAACUCUGAAUGAUGCAGUGUAGACAUUCACAACCUCUGGUUCUUCACAUUCAUUUUGUAAGGUUAAGAAAUUUCACAGGCUAAGAGAAAUGUCCAUAUAUUUAAGGAAUGAACUAUACAGUAAAUAACAUUAACCCUUGGUCUUUAACCUAACACCUUGAAAGGAGCUGGGGGUUAAAAAAGGCCACAUCCGUCCACAUCUACGUCUGCGUUCUGUUUCUGAACAAGUGUAUAUUGAAACAAUGUUGAACCGUCAUAGGUAUUCACUGAGCAGGACUUCUCUGUCUUACAGCGUAUGUGUAUCCACAUAUAGCAGCUGUCUUUUUAUGGCUUUCUUAAUGCUCACCUCACCUAGUACCUUAUUGUAGUUUGGUUUUUUUUCAUUCUGACAGGAUUAGUGAUGGUUUUGUGAUUCUUUCAGGAAUUGAUCUGGAGUGAAGUUUGGGUUUCUGUUUCUAUCUCAUCUUGCUCCCCGUGUUUACUUUCAAAAGUCAUUGCUACUUUCUUUACACUGCUUCACUGUUUAGUCUCUAGUCUUUCCCUACUCUAUAACUUUUCUUGAUAACCUUGCUGUGUCACUAGACCCCAGCUUGUCUUGACUUUCUUAAACCUUCACAGGACUUCAGCUUUCCUCAUCUUGUUUAAAGCUUAACCAUACCUCAGCUAUUCUGAGCUUGCUUCUUCCUUCACUGUUGUCCUUUGACUUGUGAAUUGAUUCAGUGGACUGCAGCUGUCCUCGACUUUCCGGUUACUUCAUGCAUCUGCAGCUGUUUUCAGCUUUCUUGUUACUUCAUGGGUCUAUACCUUUUCUUGACCUUCCUAAGAGGUCUACACCUAUUCUCAGCUUUCUUGGAAAUUCAUGGGUUUACAACAGGCCUAACCUUCCUUGUUACUUUAUGGAUCUAAAACCUGUUCUUGACUGUAUUGUUACUUCAUGUGUCUACAGCUGUCUUGUUCUUGUUGCUUCAUGUGACUUACUUGUUACUGCACCAGAUGACACCUAUUCUUGACUUUUUUUUAUUAACGCAUUUUUUUUUUUGCUUCUAUUGACUAUAUCUGCUGAGUUGUUUUUGAUUUUCAUUUUGCUUCAUGGAACUAUGACUUUUUCUUGACUGUCUAACUAAGAGACUGACCACCAUUUUAAUGAGUGACAUUUUCAUUUGGUACAUAUUAACAUUCAGCUGAAAGCCAGCAUAUGUUCUAUUACUGUAAGUCUUACCCAGUUAUCUUUACACACAUUUCCUAAGCUAAGACAGAGCUGAAGUCCACCAUCACUUUGAUAGUUUUGAUAAAACAAUGGUGUUUAGAAAUAGUGGUCAUGAUCUGAUAUGCAUCCAAAAAAAUCUUUAAAAAUAUUAAGAACCUUAAGAAAAUUAAACAUUUGCAGUUUUACAGUAAACUAACAGGAAUACUACUGAACAUUAUUAAAUUGUCAGCUGAAAAUUCUGUCCAGAAUUUAGUUCUGCAGUUCAUCCACCCAUUCAUUUUCUGAAAUGCUUUUUGAGUUGCUGGGCAGGUUCAGACCUGCAUGGUUUGGUAGAAGUAAACCAUGAAUGAAACCCCAGUCCAUAAUGGGGCACAUUCACUCAUUUUGUGCCAAUUUAGAGUCACCAACCCAUCUAAUUUUACCUUUGAGAUAUUGAAGCAAACCAAAGGACACAAAGACUAGUCAAGAGAACACGAGGAGGACAUGCUGAGUUGUAUUCAGGUUCCUCGAGCUGUGUGUCAGUAGUGCUAGCUACUAUGCCAAUUAGUAUAUGUUUGUAAAUUCAAUUUAAACAAAUAUUUGAAAAAUAAAUGUGAUAAUUUGUUGUAUUAACUUGUUGAUUUAACAUAACAAGUUUUUAUCUUGAGUUACAUGGAAAAUUUCCAAUUCACCAAUGCCAUCUUAAGAAAUAUUUAUUUUGAUACGUGCAUUGUCGUGGGAGUGUCGCAGAGGGACGCAACUCUCACCUAAUAACAUCCCCAAUUUAACCUCUUGCCGUGUAUGUGUUAGUCAGGGGUCACGCUGCAAUGUCUUUCGUUGACACCAUUCACAAACAGACCAAAACAGGAUUGACCUCAUGCAUCACUUAUCAUUAACUUACUUAGAGACUUUAAACAGAAUGUACAGUAAUCAAGUGGUUACAACUUGUUAUAAAUCUUAAUCAGAAAUGUCCUAAAACUAAAGCAAGGAGAUGGUGUAGCAUUAACCCCAAAUACAACCUGGAUGGACAGCAGAACUUCUCUUUGAAGGAUAGAUAAAAAAAAUGCAUCUAGUGCUCAGGUGGAAGUUGUUCUUGCAUUACGUCAUUCUGGCAGGGUUUUCGGCUGCAAUGGCAGGGAUUGAAUGUAGGCCGUCAAUUUGCCCUGGUAGUUAAGUCUUUUUCACGCUUCCCUAUGGCAUUUUUAGGUCAAUGAGGUGCCAAAGAGUACGGGCCUACUGGCCUGUCCAACAAUUCUGUCCAUACCCUACCUUUUUUCCCUCAUCUCUUCCAUUAAUCUAUGCUUUACCUAUGACAAAUGUCUCACAGGAUGUACAUCAUGUUUGUUGACUUCAAUCAUCAAUUCUAGCUAGUCUUACAGCAAGCCAAGUAGCUCAGCAAAAUUUUGGUGUAAUCACUAGAAAAAGUAUAAUUAACCAUAAAUGUCCCCGUUUUUCUAGUCCAUGCUUUUAUCAUUGUUGUAUCACGUGCCUACUCUAUACAUUCGUAAGAGAUAGUAAACAUACAGUACAUGUGCAUAGUCCAUUAUUGUGCAUCCCCAAAUCACCACACAACACCAUUCUUGCCUGAGUUCUGUUUAUUUCUAUGGCUUAUUCAUGUUCUCAUUCUGCCCGGCCAUAAAGUUUUAUGAUCUUAAUAGAAAUUUCUGAUUAACAGUAACUGGGGAUAUUUUCAUUACAAGAAAUAAUGCUCUGGAAAACAUUUAAUAGCAACAGACAGCACAUAAAAUUAACCAGGGUAUCAAUCCUACCAACACCUUUAUGUAUUCCAAGCAAUAGGGGCACCGGUGUGCUUACCAUGUAAUAGGUAUCCACUACUUGACAUUUUUUAAGGAACAUGUACAUCACUAUUUCUAAGGUAUGCAUUGAAGAUCAUCAUGAAAAUGUUACAUAAACUGAAUUACAUUGGUACUUUAAAUCUGUCACUUUUUACACACACAAAAUAUACUUUUUGAUGGGUGUCGCAUGACGCAUCACGGAACCCGCAUCUUCUUUUUGAACCAAGUGUACAUAUUUUCCUCCCUUAUCCCUAUAAACUUGUUGGUUAGGUUUAUUAGUCAUUUGAAAAUAGGCUCAGUGGGGGGUUUGUGUAUGUGUGUGCGCGCCCUGCAAUGGACUGUCGCCAUGCCCAGGGCUGUUUCUUAUAUUCUGCUCCAUGCUGCCAGAAUAGGUUGUGACCAUCCAUGAGCUUGACUUAGAUUAACCGGUUUGAAAAUGUAACGUUGUAUGCUUUAUGAAAAACACUUGACCUGUUAAGCUUUAGGUUUUCUUGUUUGCCUCUCAUUUUCAUGCUGUCAGCUUUUCACUAAAGAGGUCUGAAUCUAAACAGACAAGUGUACUAAAAUCAAGGCAAAAGUAGGUUCCAUAGCAAUAACAGACUGUAAAUGUAAGAAACUGGCUCGAAGAAAAAACCUUUAAGCACUCAGGAACCAAGUUUGACACUCCUGAAUAUUGAAAGAUAUUCCAGAAUAGGAAAGUAUGGCAUCAUUUAGUUUUCUUUUCUGGCUUUGGAGAUCCAUUUCUGAGAUGUUUACAUUUUCUCCCUAAAUGCCAUGUCACAUUAGAUGACUUUUCCAGCGAUUUUCAGGUAUAGCCUUCAUGUAAUUUUCCGGAAUUCAUGUAAUCUAAGUGAAUCGGAGGUAGUCACAGUACACUCAUAUGAGGGAAGUCAUUCAUACGACACACCCAGUGACUCACUUGAACUAGUCCACAAUUCAGCCUGACAAAAUCAGACAGGUUUGAUUUGUCUUUAGCUGUGAAAGGCUCUGUGUGAAAGAGAGCUGACAACCAAUGAAUGGUGAUCAGCAAGUAUAGUGCAUACAGUGCAGUGGCGAGGAAUAAGGAACGCUUGUGUUUUGGACCUCACAAAUAGAAGAGACGCUUGUGUGUCUGAUAUGUCACGUUUUACAUACCAUAACACAAUGAGGAAAAGAAAAGGCCAGAGAAUGAGACUGAAUUAGCUGUACCUGUUAACCCCUUUGUAUAGCAACAGCUCCAUCAGGCAGCACACUAUUAGAAAAAUCUCAACGAGAACAGUCCAUUCAGCCCAACGAAGCUGGCUAAUCCUAUCCACAUAAUUCUUUCAAAAUAACAUCAAAUCAAGUUCUGAAGGUCCCUAAAGUCCUUCUGUAUCUGAGGCUCUGUGUGAAUAAAAAAUUCCUGUUUGUGUGAAAUUUAUCUUUAACAAGUUAGCUGUCGGAAAAAGGGGCAAGUACUUAUAGAUUAAUGGUCAGGUCAGGUUGGGGAACAGGCACUGGUACAGGGCUUUGCUGCACCCACCACACAACAGAACAGCUCGGGAUC